AUGACCCGUCACAUGAACCCGAAAAAGUUCCUUGCGGAAUUCGUCUACGACGUCGAAAAGGACUUUGACGUCGAUGGAGUACCGGCAUCAUGGGCAACACCCACAGGUGAUGGUAAACCAGCCCAUCGCUUCUGGGAUGACGAAGACGAAAAAGUCGAACUAGAUUUCUUUGGCGGCCAGCAAACCGGCGAUAGGAGCAUCUUCGCUACCAGCCAUGAUGGGAAGCUGGUUGCAGCUUCUAAUGGCUCUAUUGUUAGUGUUCUAAAUAUUGAAACCAAGGAACAGUGUAUGCGAUUCAAAGGACUGGUAGCUCCUUGUGUCAAGCUUACAUUUAGCCCGGCGCUGAAUGAGUCCGGAGGAUAUACUCUUCUCGACACGAUUGACGUCGAUGAACUUUUGCAGAAGUCUUUGGAGCCUGUGGCAGCUCAGAUGAAAGACUCUUUCGAGCUUUCCUCGACAUCUCCGCUGCUAGAAUCGGUCCGCCAGGGCUAUAGUAAGGCGCUCGAGAAUCUGAGAGCUGGCCUCGAAUCCAGACAUCUGGUUCGUGUGGCUGGUCGUUCCAAUGGAUUUGGCUCAAAUCCAUUCAGCAAGGACGGUCAACUUUUUCUCUACGUUAUUCAGAAUGAGAGCACACAGUCGGGCUCUCGUCCCCCAGCCGACCUGCCCAAGGUCAUAGUCUAUGACAUGGCAAACCAGUGCCAGAGAUACAUGCUCGGUGGUCAUGAGGACGCCAUCAUGUGGACGGCAUUCAGUCCAGAUGGUCAAUACAUUGCUACAGCAGCUUGGGACGGCACGUUCAGGAUAUUCGACGUAUCAACAGGUGACUGCAAACACGUCAUUGGACCGACUGGAGGACAAUGUUGGAGUGGAGAGUGGUCGCCAGACUCGAGAUAUGUGGUGCUUUGCGGAAUGGCCAACCAAGAGACGCAGAGUGAGACGUUUGUAGCUGUCUAUUCAGCUGAAACCGCACAGCAAGUCAAUCGAUUCAGAAAUGACGAGCUCAAGCAUUGGGUCAGAUGUGUAGCGUGGUCGCCCAGAGGAGAAAUCGCCAUCGUACACGAGAAAAACAACGUAUGGAUCUGGGAACCUUUCGAGAACAAGACCAUCGGCAGUUUCAAAGUCAAGGUCGAGGACCAGAUUAUGGAAAGAUUUGCUGCGGUAUCGCAAGUCCAAUGGGUGAAUGAAGGAGAGAUGUUGGUUGCUCGGGCGGGCGACGGUACCAUCGAAAUCUGGGAUCGAGUUCAAAAUGUCAAAUGGCGUUUGCAGAGGCCCAAGGGGUCUGGAAAGGAGCGAGGUAUUGGUAUUUUCAGUUGGGUGGAAAAGGACAAAACUUUGAGGACGUUCAGUCGUGACGGGUUCAUGCGAGCGUACCGAUUAUCAUGA